UACAAGGCUCCUUUCCGACCCCAGAACUACAUCGAGCACAAUACUUCCGCGCACUCAGCUAAGUGGGGAGAAUACACAGGUCUCAGGGACGCAGAGAAGGCUGUAUUUUUUGCUGAUCUCACUUCUCGAAGCAACCAAUUGGUAGCUUAUUUUGACACAGAGAGUGCUGUGUUGCGGUUUUCUUUUCCAGAGUUGAUUGUGACUGAGCUGAUUGGAAAGGUAUUUUUCAAUGCUGAAGAUGAAGAUGAUGAUAUGACUGUUGCGAGGGCUCUUCGUGCUUUCGGCUCGGUAGUGGAUGGGGUCUACACUGAAGGGAGCACUCGUUGA